AUGGCGACAAUUCUCAUAACUUCAAAUGCAGCGGAUAUCCCACAAGCAGCUACCAGGCAACCCGAAGCUGGCAACUCAGCGCUUUCCUCGACUCCUACCCCGCCAGCUGUAGUAGCGCCCACGGCAACAAUUGCGAACUCGCAGUCAAACACAGUCAAUCCCGCUACUUCCAGCACUGCUCAGCCGUCCGCCUCGAAUGGGCCAAACAACAAUACAAGUGGCGACGACGGUCUUUCUGCAGGUGCCGCUGCAGGGGUGGGCAUAGGUUGCGUGAUAGUAGGCGCUCUACUGGGAGCUCUCGCCUUGUGGUUCUUCGUAAUGCGCAAGUCAAAGACUCGACGUACCCGUCGCGACCACGAGGCCGGCAGGCUCGGUGGAUUCUCAUCGGACCCCUCGCAGAAGGAGUUCAAAUACCCAUCCGCCACAACCACAGCCGUCAGCGCGCCUCCGGCCGCAUCCUAUGUCGAUAAGAAUCUUCCCCAACCACUCGAAGACGAUGCUAUCUCUGGAGAGAUGUCCAGGCUGCGCAGCUCGAUCAAGAACCACGUCCAGAGCUACUACCAUAGCUCUCCUGUCAACCUGGGCGUCAUCAACGGAGCUGCCCUUGGAUCACUGGGGAACGAGCUGCCGGUGCCCCCUGCCAGCCUUGAAGCUCUUAUCGCGAGUCCCAACACACGGCAAACUAUACUUCGGUUCUGCAUCGCCUGGGUCAUUAUCUCGAGAAUGGGACUGGAGAGCGACUUCGAGACCACUUUCUUGCCCCCAGAGGUAGCAAGCUGCAUUCAAUCUAUGCGCGCAAUGAAAGACAACCCCACAGCUCGCAUAGCACACCUUAGCAAAUGGCGACAGAUCACAGCGGCACUCAUGCAGCCAACCUACGGCCAAGGCGUCAUGUCUGGAGACGACCACCGCAUCCACAAUAUCAGCGAUGCUAUGGAACUCCUGGAGGCUGUUCUUCGUCCGUUCGCGACCGAUCAACCUGAUAGCGAGCAGCGACGCCGUAAUCUCGAAGAGAUUCUGAAGCGUGCUGCCAAAUUUGCAUACGUGCUAUUCUCGCAGCCGAGCUUCUGGCAAUUCGAGUGGAACGACUCGCGGAUGGAGCGGGACAGCCUGGUCGUUUUUCCAGCCCUGUUGCAAACGGCCGACGAGGCUGGACAGCCCCUGAGCAGGCCAAGGGUCUUUGGCGAGAUGGAGGUGGUCCGCAAGAUUGUUGCUUAA